AUGGCCAUAGACUUGAAGUUUUUGGCGGUGGUGUUGUUGCUGCCGAUUGUGGCGGUAAGUUUUAAUUUUUUUUUGAAUUUUGAUGACAAAUAACAAAAAAAUAAAAAAAUAUAAAAAUUAUGAUUGCCCGAGGCGCAACGUUCAGAUUUUCUUGAAAUUUUGGACAUGAACCUUACCUAGGCCACUUAUAAAUCCCUGAAAAUCUUGGUUCUCUCUUUGCAGAGGCAGCCAAGAUAUUCAACUUUUUUUUUACCGACGAGAGACUACGCAAAAUGCGGAGAGCGCUCAAAAGAAAAACAUUUUUUGAAAGUUUAUAAACUUUUGAUCAAAAAUCAGAGUGGUUCUGACGAGCAAAAUACUUCUUUGUGGUAUGGAGUUACAGGGCGAAAAAAUUCUCAGAACUUUUCUCGCAACACCACACAAAUUUCCCUUUUUUUAAUUUGGAACUACCGAUUAAGGUGUAGUAUUAAUCAAAUUUGAUAUUUUAAGGCUUACCAAGAUACCAGGAUUUACUUUAGCUCAAAAACAAACUUCUGAUUUGGUAAAAACUUUGUCAAAAAGGCAUUUGCGUGGUGCUGCGUGAAAACUUCUGAGGAUUUUUUCACCCUUACAAACCAAAAUUGGGCAGCUAGCUUCUACAUAUUCUGAAUCAGUAAAAUUUUGCGAUUCUUUUGAUAUAUGACUCGACCUGCAACUCCAUACCCUAUAGAAGCACUUUCCUUGUGAAAUUUUCGCAAAGCGCGACAGGUCAAUUUUUUCAAUUUUUAUAGUCAAUUUUAGCUCGCGCUUUGCAAAGGCAGCCGAGAAAUUCUCACUCAAUAAAAGACGAAUUUUAGUGUCAAUCGAUCUGGUUGUUUUCUUGUCCAAACAUUCUGUCUUCCUUUCCAAAUACAACUGAAAUUUUUUAUGCAUACAUAAGGACUCGAAGUGUCAUAUUUUCAUCAUUUUUCGACCUGAAAAUCCCUCCUUUUGAAAGAAAAAAUUACUCUAAACUUGUGGCAAGUUCGAUUAAAGCCUGAUGGUGAGUGCCGCACUUUGAGCCCUUCCCUGUCAAUUUUCUGUUGACAACAAAAAUCGCCAAACUCAUAACCAAUCAUCACUUGAUUUUUUUUUAUCUUUUCAACAUUCGUCAAAAAUCUCGAGGUAAAAAUACGUUCUUAUUAAUUGCUCUUGAAAAAACAAUUGACAUCUGUCAAACUCUUUCAGUUUUGAAGAUUAGAAAAGUUUCCUCAGGGCUUUUUUACCUUUCAAAGGGCAAGCUUCGAAAAUGGCCGUAAAUUUUUUUAUUGCUGUUAUAAUUUUUACAUUGUAAAAAAAGUGAAAACACAUAAAUAAUGGAUCAUUAAAGUGUGAGUGGAGUUUUGAAAUUUUAAUUCGUUAUUACACUAAACAGUCAUCAUGUUGAAGGAAAAUCAGAGGUUACGGGAAAAGGAGUUGCCACUUAACAAAAGCAAAAAAAUCAGAAAUUGUGUAAAAUACGUCGGUUUCACCUGUUUAUAAAAUAUUAAAAAUGCAAUUUAAAAAAAAUCUUACAAGGGAAGUACUUGAAGUGUGACGCUCAGAUUUUGAUGAAACUUGGCACAAAUUUAGAAUAAUUUUUUCUAAGAUAUAUGCGGGAAUCCUAGCUCGCGCUUUGCAGAAACAACCGAGAUUUUUAGAUCGAAAGUCGGCGAAAUUUUAGGACUUUUUGCCGAAUUUCGGCACGAAAAGUUUCAUGCCUAUUUCAACUGUAAAGGAUAAUGUUUCUACAAAAAAUCAAAUUUUUCCGCACGAAACUGCCAAAGUUAUGGCCAAAAAACGGUUUUCUCUCUGACCGCUCUCCACGUUUAGCGUGCUCUCUCGGCGGCAAAAAUCGUUUGAUAUCUCGGCGGCGCCCGCAAAGCGCGAGCUAAAACUUUCAGGAAUUGAUAUUUAGUCCAUACCCGACGUGUGUGCAAAUUUUAAAGAAAAUCUGAGCGUCACACUUGAAGUACUUCCCCUGUUAGAAAAAUAAAUAAAGUUUACUUGUAAAAUAAUGUAAUAAUAUAAAUUGUAAUAAAUUUUCAGGCCAAUCCCUUGCCAAAACCUCCGCGCCCAUUCAAAUGCGCGGGAGACACGGAUCGAGUUUGCGAGACUGGCUUCUGCUACGACGCCUUGGGAUUCUAUGAGGUAAUUAUUAUUUUUUUUAAUUCUUGGAAAAACGUAAAUAUCAGUCUGUCGGGAAAAUAAUGAGCGCAGUGUCGCUGUGCCAACUUGCGUCGCUGAAGUUAAAAACAACUUGAUUUUUUCGCGACACAAUUCAUUUUCUCGCCGGCGAUGCCAUUUUCAACGCGUCGGAGUGCUCAUUAUUUUCCCGACAGACUGAUAACUAAAGAAUUUUGAGUUGAAAUCGCUGGAUUUCUUCUGGAAAAGUCUAAUUCUUGCGCACACUUGAGGUCCUCAUUUUUUACAAAGAUUGAAUUUUUACCGACAAAACCGCCAAAAAGCUUUGAUUUUUUGCCUUGCCAACAAAAAGAUUUCUUCUGUAAGUGUCAAACAUGUAAAAUCUUUCUGUUUUUAUAGGUAAUUUUUCUCUCAAAAUUGUUUAACUUGCCUUUCUUAUUUUCAAAAAAGGUCUAGAACAAAGCAAUCAAAGCUAGCGUUUCCUUUUUUUCGCCGUAAACUGAAACUAUCUACAAAAUCUACAUUUCAGGGCGGGAAAAAUGUCGGUUGCGCGCCUCCGGACAUGUGCCAAAACAAUGACUGUUUUAUGUACAAAGAAGUCUUUACUUGUUGCUGUAACACGCGGUUCUGCAAUGGCAAGACGGACAGCUUGAUGUACUCGAAGUAUCGGCGAUUCCAGGACAACAACAAUGUGUGGCCGACCUUCUUCCCGCGACUUCAUGUUCGAAAUGUUACUACGGGUUGGUUAUACACAUCUAUUAUCAAUUCGUAUUUUACAAAUCUCAAAAAAUAAUUUCUAGUCCCUCAACCAGCCGAUGACAACCGAGAAGUCAGGCUGAGUCCCUUGAAGACGACCACUACCUUCCCGGAUAAGUCAACAACUUUUGGCACCACGGUGAAGAAGAUUGUGCCAGCUGGGCAUCCAGAACACACAACAACGACUAUUCAAAAGCAAGCUGAAGUUGCCACGACAACACUGAAAUCUACUACAGUGAAAAGGAUUGAAACGUAAGGAUUUUAUGAUCAAAAAAACUGAUUUUAAAAUACGCGUUAUCUGGUAUUUAAUGAAAAAUUGAUUAUUCAAGCCAGACAACAAUAGAUGUACAAUACAUAUACGGAAAAAUGGAAUAAACUUAAAUUUCUGUACAAAAAAUUCCAAGAGAUCAAAAAUAAGUUUGUUUUAGAAGAUCUUCGUUGAACGGUGGGCCAAAAAGUCUUUUUCUUUUUUUGAGUUGUCCACUAAAAGAGCCCUCAGGGUAACAUUAGCAGGCUCUACGAAGACGUUUCCGAUUUUGGUACUUAUAAGCCUACAGUUUCUGUAAUUUAGACAGUUUUUGAAACUUGAAGAUCACUGGAGCUUUUGUAUUUUAUCUCUUAACAUAACCUGUAUAUCUCUAUUAAAAAUCACUUUUUUCUGUUUAUAAAUUCUCACUUUUAGCCAGCCCCCAACAACUACCAAAGCCACUGUUGCUCCGACCACAACUUCCACUUCAACUCAAAAAUUAGAAGUUACAACCAAAGCUCAGCCAAAAACAGUUCAACCAGUGGCCGCAGAAGACAGCGACUUUGACGACGACGUUGACGAUGAAUUCGAUCUUCGAACCACUCGCUCAAACAACAAUCGUGAGCGCCCAACAACUUCGCCGACCACUACUCGCAAAGCAACCACCAAAUCGCGACGUCCCAAUACCGUACCCCCUCACCCGACUUUCAUCCCGGCCACCGAAGCGCCAGUAAUUCCGCCGAAGCAACGGGAAACACAUGUUCAACAGGCCUUCCCGUGGUACUAUGUCACCAUUGUUGGCUUCAUAAUCGCGUGUGUUUUGUUCGGAAUUGUGGUCUACGCGAUUCGUUGGUGUAGAGCGAGGAAAGCGGACGCUGAUAGACGCCAUUCCAACGACUCGGCGCCAAAUUCGUCGUUGGAUUCGAGCAGAGUCAGCGAUCUGGGCCAUCUGCAGGCCAAUGAGCAUGCAAGGGAGCCGGUGGAUCCGUUGCUGAGGAAGAAUUAG